CCAGGUUACGUCACUGGCUGCGCCGCCUCCGGCCGGAACUCCGGGCCAGCCGGUCUCCAACCAGUUCCUCCUCCGGUGUUCUGGCUGCCCCUAGACCCCACAUCAAGGUAGAGCAGGAGGACGAGGUGAGGCCAGUCGGUCAGUCUGGCUGGUGAAGGACACGAGGCAGGGCACGGCGGCGGGAGUGCGCGGCAGGCGGCCGGCAGGCGGCCUGGAGGUACUUUGGAGCCAGGGACCCACGCCUAUCACCCGCAGGCGCGAUGAAGGCACUGAUCUUGGUAGGUGGGUAUGGGACACGGUUGCGGCCGCUGACGCUGAGCACCCCGAAGCCAUUGGUGGACUUCUGCAAUAAGCCCAUUUUGCUGCAUCAAGUGGAGGCGCUUGCCGCGGCAGGUGUGGACCACGUGAUCCUGGCAGUGAGCUACAUGUCACAGAUGUUAGAAAAGGAAAUGAAGGCCCAGGAGCAGAGGCUUGGAAUCCGAAUCUCCAUGUCUCAUGAAGAAGAGCCUUUGGGGACAGCUGGGCCUCUGGCGCUGGCCCGAGACCUACUCUCUGAGACCGCAGACCCUUUCUUCGUUCUCAACAGUGAUGUCAUCUGUGAUUUUCCUUUCCAAGCCAUGGUGCAGUUCCAUCGACACCAUGGCCAAGAGGGCUCCAUCUUGGUAACCAAGGUGGAAGAGCCUUCCAAAUAUGGUGUGGUGGUAUGUGAGGCUGACACAGGCCGCAUUCACCGUUUUGUUGAGAAGCCGCAGGUAUUUGUAUCCAAUAAGAUCAACGCAGGCAUGUACAUCCUGAGCCCUGCAGUACUGCAGCGCAUCCAGCUGAAGCCUACAUCCAUUGAGAAGGAGAUCUUCCCAGUUAUGGCCCAGGAGGGGCAGCUCUAUGCCAUGGAGCUUCAGGGUUUCUGGAUGGACAUUGGACAGCCCAAGGACUUCCUCACUGGCAUGUGCCUCUUCCUGCAGUCGCUGAGACAGAAGCAUCCAGAGAGACUAUACUCAGGCCCUGGCAUUGUGGGGAAUGUACUUGUGGAUCCAAGUGCCCGUAUCGGUCAGAACUGCAGCAUUGGCCCCAACGUGAGCCUGGGUCCUGGUGUGGUGGUGGAGGAUGGCGUGUGCAUCCGGCGGUGCACGGUGCUUCGGGAUGCUCACAUCCGCUCCCACUCCUGGCUUGAGUCAUGUAUCGUGGGCUGGCGCUGCCGUGUGGGUCAGUGGGUGCGCAUGGAGAACGUAACAGUGCUGGGCGAAGAUGUCAUAGUUAAUGAUGAACUCUACCUCAACGGAGCCAGUGUGCUGCCCCACAAGUCUAUUGGGGAGUCGGUGCCAGAGCCUCGUAUUAUCAUGUGAGGGACGCACAGGGCUGGCCACGCCCUCUGGACCAGCAGUGGCGUAGCGGUCACUCAGCACUUCGCAAGACCCUGGAUGUGGUGCCAUUUGUCAGGGAGCAGUGGGGGAUCUGAAGCUGUUGGACAUCUGCUUCUGAUGGGGCCAGAAACUGACAGGAUCCUGCUGGGCAAGCCCCGCAAGCCCCACUCCCACAAGACGAGCUGGGGCCAGGGCUGUAUGGAAUAAUAAUUUAAUGCUCACUGGAGCCUGGAUUGCAAGUCAA